AACACCCGAAGAAGAAGAAGCAGAAGGAACAGCAGAAUCUUCUGUGUUUUCAUAUGAAAUAAUUCUGAUUUAAUUCUAACUGGAACACUGAAUAAAUAAAAGUAGAGGCGGUUUAAAGGGAGCUUUAUUUUGUAGCGGAACAGGAUGUUGGCGACGGGAGCGGCUGUGACCUCAGCUCUGGCUCAGGUGGACAGAGAGAAGAUCUACCAGUGGAUCAACGAGCUGUCCAACCCAGAGACGAGAGAGAACGCCCUCCUGGAGCUCAGCAAGAAGAGGGAGUCCGUGCCCGACCUCGCCCCCAUGCUGUGGCACUCGUGUGGAACCAUCGCCGGCCUGCUGCAGGAAAUCGUCAACAUCUACCCGUCGAUCAACCCCCCGACGCUGAGCGCUCAUCAGUCCAACAGAGUGUGUAACGCCCUCGCUCUGCUGCAGUGUGUGGCCUCCCAUCCAGAGACGCGGUCGGCAUUUCUGGCUGCUCACAUCCCGCUCUUCCUCUACCCGUUCUUACACACCGUCAGUAAAACCCGACCGUUUGAAUACCUCCGCCUCACCAGCUUAGGAGUCAUCGGUGCUUUAGUAAAAACAGACGAGCAGGAAGUGAUUAACUUCCUGUUGACCACCGAGAUCAUCCCUUUGUGCCUUCGCAUCAUGGAGUCGGGCAGCGAGCUCUCCAAAACGGUGGCGACGUUCAUCCUGCAGAAGAUCCUCCUGGAUGACACGGGCCUCGCCUACAUCUGUCAGACCUACGAGCGCUUCUCUCACGUCGCCAUGAUUCUCGGUAAAAUGAUCCUCCAGCUGUCCAAAGAGCCGUGCCGCCUCCUCAAACACGUGGUGAGGUGUUACCUCCGCCUGUCCGACAACUCCAGGGCCCGUGAAGCUCUGCGUCAGUGCCUCCCCGAUCAGCUCAAAGACACAACGUUCGCCGCCGUGCUCAAGGACGACACGACCACCAAACGCUGGCUGGCCCAGCUGGUGAAGAACCUGCAGGAGGGUCAGGUGACCGACCCGCGGGGCAUCCCCCUCUUAACGCAGUGACCCCUCCUCCGCCUCCUCUCCGCCUAAAGGAAACCAGCACACACCUGCCUUGGGGACAGAGGAGCUCCGAUCAUGACGGACGCCUCUGUUUCUUAUCAAAGACUUUUGAAAACAAAGAUGGCGUCUCUGCGGAGUCAGAGCGCCUGAGACGUUUUCUGCCGCUGAUCAAUAAACUGUCGCACAACAACAACAA